AUGGCUGCAGACACUGAAGAUUUUGAAAUGAUUUCCCAUAUUCCAUUCCUUACUAAAUAUAAGAAUUUCCCUGGUGCUCCAACAUUUUUGCCAGGUAAACCCAUCUGGCCAGACCUCUGCAUUGCCUCCUACAAGGUAGAUCACACUUGCUUGGCUAAACGUUAUUCUGUAUGCUUUCAAAUUUGUCUUCUUCCUGAAUUCUUUUUCUUUCUAUCAUGGCAACCUUCAACAAUAGUUUGGGAUCGGCACCUUCUGGCAAAAGAUAUCGUGUACGUGUUCUUCUGCUGCUAUUGUGGAUUCGGGAACAUCCUUGCUUACUGGUCCAACUAUAGGGCUGCUGAUGCUGAAGUCAAUGUUGAGGAUAAUCAACUUCCUGAAUCAUCAAAGCAUUCUGACUUUUCGACACUUACUCAGGAUGUUGUUGAUUUAAACUUGACAUCUCAUUCUCCUGGUUAUAGCGAAAGUAUGCCAAAUGAAAAAGUAGAGUGGGAGCACUUGCAUUUGAAUUCUCAUGUUAAGGGGGAGCAUUCUUUCGAGAGGGAGAAUAGGAGAAUGAAUGAUAAUGUUGAGGAGGAGCAACCUGAAAAUGAAAAUGUCGAGGGGAACCUUAAUAUGUCGAAUAAUAAUCAAAAUGAAACUUUUCAUGAUUUAAAUGAUAAUAUUUUUGUUGCAGGUUAA